AUGGCUUCCCCAGAUGAUGUUGCUGCAGGGACGGGACAGUCUGUGGAGCAGUUUACUUCACGGCCUGUUGCAUGUCUCAACUGCCGUCAACGACGCUCUUACUGUUCUAAAGAAAAGCCUACCUGCUCAAGAUGUCGAGAUGCUCGGAUAAGGUGUGUUUAUGAAGGCACUAGGAAAAUACUGGUGAACGAGCCUUAUUUACGAGAGCUGGAAGCAAAAGCAAAAAUCUUAGACAGCAUGCAGCCUGGAGGCUCAUCUGCUACUCAUGGCCACCGCAUCACCACCGACGAAGACGACGACUUUGAAGACGAGCAGCCUUUGCUUGAGCCAUUCACUCAACUCAGUUUAGAUAAGCCUUCUACGAGCUUUCAAGGCCCUGCCUCUUCCGACAACUUCCUUCGCAAUGUGAGAAAACUCUCAGGCUUCCAGGGCGACGAUGGGAGUCUCGAUUUGCCCUCAAACUUUUAUGAGCCUGGCGCUUUGCCUUCACGGCGACAGGCUGUGUUUAGCAUUCGCUCGCGAUUACCACCCAUUGAUAUGGCACGAAGGCUCUUUUCAGCGCAGUACAUGUUUAUCGGCACAAUUUUCGCCUUUACCGAUCCCAGAGAUUCGUUUGAGCGCUUGCUUCUCCAGGCCUAUAGCGGACCGCCCGAUCCUUCUGACAAGACAGAGUGCCUAGAAUAUGCGAAAGUGCUGCUCGUACUAGCCUUUGGGCAGUUAUACUCGGUCAAUCAGUGGGUAGACUUCCGAGGUCCGCCGGGCUUCGACUAUUUUCGAGAUGCGGUAAAUCUUCUUCCAGAGACACACGAGGAAGGGUCUAUUCUCUGUGUGGAGACUUUGGCUCUCGCAGGAUACUUUAUGCAGAAUAUGAAUCGUAGAGAUGCGGCGUUUCAGUUUAUCGGCAAGGCUUUGCGCAUGGCGAUUUCGCUUGGCUUGCACCAGGAAGUCAGCCCGCACUACUAUUCACAGCAAGGCCCGGAACUGGACAAGACGGCCAGAGAGCAUCGUCGGCGCGUCUGGUGGUCCAUCUAUAGCCUUGACAGGAUCUUGUGCGUCAAGUCUGGCAACCCCAUCACCAUCCAGGACGAGGAUAUAGGGGUGGAAAUGCCAUCGCCGCUGCCGGGAGACCCCGAGUACUGUCCUGCCGUGGUGCUGCGACAUUACACCGAGCUUUCUCGCAUCCUGGGCCGGAUUCACAUGACAAUAUAUCGGAGAUCGAACAAAUCGGCGCCGAAAUCUGGUAAGAGCCUGAUGGCGUCUGUGCAAAGCAUCAUCUUCUCGCUUUCAAAAUGGAAUCGUGAGGUGCCAGAUGACCUGCGCUUCGACCCCGCGCAGCUCUCCUUUAGUCGUGAGAGCGUCGGGGCACUUGCGCACUACUAUCAAUGUAUCAAUAUGACAGUGAGGCCAUUGCUGUUCCAUGUCGUGCAGAAGCGAUUGCAGGCUAUUCGAGGCGGAGGUGGUGCGGCAGAGAAGGAGCGUGACUGGAAAGAAGGGCUCUCUCAAACGACUGUGAGAGUCAUCGAUAUGUGUGUUGGAGCGGCACAAGAUGUUAUUAACAUGAUGGCCAUUGUAGCACAGAGAGAUAUGGUUGCAACGUAUGGUUAUAUGGAUGGCGAGCACAUCUUCUCAGCUACAAUUGUGCUCGUCAUGGUAUGCACAGCAUUUCCUGACAACACCGCCAAUACGCUUGCGAUGACGGCUGGGCUUGGCCUGCUGAGGAACAUGGGCGAGCGAGGCAACAGCCACAUGGGUGCUCGCUAUGAACUGCUGCUGAGCAUAUACUCUGGCUCAAGCAUCACGCCUCUCACCGCUCCUAGCCAGCAGCUUGCAAUGAUGUCGCCCGGCUCUCAGGCCUUGGAAGCCUCCAUACAAGGCAAGGGCGUCGUCCCUCCGCGAAUAUCAAUGGCACCGCCAUACCCUAUAAACGCGUACGAUAGUAGCACAAGCACUGCGAAUAUGCCUCUUACUUUCCCGGUUGUAGAUAGCAACUCACUGAACGAGCCAUUUUACGACGAUAGCGUGAGUACGGGUAUGGACUUUGGGCUUUGGGAAGAGGGCUUUGCGUAUCCGACAAUGGACCUCGAUGUGGAUUUGGCGCAGCGCACAUCAACGAUUGGGGGAACUGGCGGGACUGAUAUCCGCGAGUGGAUGUUUGAUUUCAUGGGCCAGGGGAAUGCUUCAUGA